CUCUGAUUUGCUUUCAUCUGCCGGUUGGACUGGCAACGGAUUUGUGUUUUUUUACGGUGGUGUGGUCUGACAUGAUAUGAUAUGUUGUUCGAAUUAUAUAUGGUGUAGGGCGGCGUGUUGGCCAGUUAGGGUCUGGCAGGGUAAAGUUUUUUAAUUUUUUUUUUUUUUUUUUUUUGGAAAAUCUCACCCAACAUGAUCAUAGCCACAACGCUGUCGGUGAAGAAUUACUUUUGGUUUCUCGUGCUAGCCAUCACUAUCAAUGUGGUUGGUCUGUUGAUGGCUUAUAUCUAUGCAGUCUACGAUGCAAAGACCUAUCGAACGAAAAGUGCCUUUUUCAACGGUCACCCAGCCGCUGCCUCCGCUGCAGCCGUCGCUGCCUCUGCUGUUUAUUCUGAUGCUCCGGAGCCAUCCCUUUUCGGAAUAUACAACCCGGCCGAAAAAAUAGCCCAGGUAGUUCGUUCUGUGAUGAACUUUCGCUCAGCCGGAUCAUCAUCAUCGUCGUCCUCAUCGGGUGACGAUAAUAUUGACGGUAGCGACAAGUCAGAAGACCUCUACGAUUUCCGAAACGCCACAUAUAGGAACACUUAUGUGACAAUCAACGGCCCCGGCCGCUUAGGCAACAAAAUGUUCCAAUACGCGGCCCUCUUGGCCGUUUCUCGUCAUUACGGCUACAGACCUUUCGUGCCGUCAAACAACGUAUUAACCGAAGUGUUUAAAGUCCGCCACGAUACGUUGGUCGACAUUAGCAACGACGAUCGCUUCGGCGAACACAAACCGGGUGAGUUUGAUACAAGUUUGUUCGAGAAACUGUCUGCGGAUAAAAACUGGACUUUAACAGGCUAUUAUCAGUCUUGGAAAUAUUUUACAAACAUAACGAAGAUCGUUAAAAGGGAGUUUACAUUUAGGGACGAAAUACUGAAGGAAGCUUUCAAAGUACUUAAAAAAUUUGGACUUGGUAAAAAGACGUUAAUUGGAGUACACAUCCGGCGAGGCGAUAUGCUUGCGCAAAAGCUACGUGGUUACAAUGUAGCCGAUGAACAUUAUGUGAACAAAGCGUUGAAUUUCUACCGAAAAACCGUACCUAGCCCUGUUUUUCUUAUCAGCAGUGACGAUAUGAACUGGUCACGGAAUUUCAUACAAGAAUCCUACGAUGUGAACUUCGUGGGCGGAAAUAGUCUCGGCGUGGAUUUAGCAAUACUAGCUAACUGUCAACACAGUGUGAUCACGUCCGGGUCGUACGGAUGGUGGGCAGCGUGGUUAGCAGGUGGAGACACCGUAUAUUUUAGCAAUUACCCACGCCGAAACUCAUGGUUGAGUUCGGUUUACAAUAGAAACGAUUAUUACCCUGAAUGGUGGAUAGGCAUGGAAUGAGGAAAACAUGGUGGAUAACAACAACAAUUAUAUAUAUGAAAAAGAGGCUUGUCAUAGAGGGGACAAACAAGGACAGACAAAGGGACUAAGUCGAUUACAUCGACCUCAGCGCAUAACUGGUACUUAUUUAAUCGACCCCGAAAGGAUGAAAUGCAAAGUCGACCUCGGCGGAAUUUGAACUCAGAAGGCAACGGCAGACGAAGUGCUAACCUUUCUGCCAGCUCGCCACCUUAAAGCAAAAGCGAAUUUUAACAACACCGAGCGAACAAACAAAUUAGAUUUUACGAAGGCAGAAACAACAAUCACAGAACUUAAAAUGUAAAAAAAGGAAUAGCAGUAAGCGUUUUUAUUCGACUUUUAGUGGUUAGAGCGUUGGACUCACAAUCAUGAGGUAGUGAGUUCGAUUCCCGGACCGGGCUGCAUGUUGUCUUCUUGCGCAAGACACUUUAUUUCACGUUGCUCCACUUCACUUAUCUGUAGAAAUGAUUUGCGACGUCGUAGGUGCCAAGCUGUUUCGGCCCCUUUGCUUUUCUCUUUGGAUGAACACCGGUGGCGUGAGGAGGAGUGGCCGGUAUGCAUAGGUCUUCCAUAAACAACUUCGUUCGGACUUGUGCCUUGCAGGAGAUCUUUCUAGGUGCAAUCCGAUCAUGAUUUAUGACCGCCUCGGUCAUAAAUCACGAUGGUAGUGGUGGUGGUGGGUCAUUUCGGUAUUUAUACUGACCAUAAGAUGUGUAUGGUUACCUCAUUGAUGUUUUAGUCAGUGUGUUAGACUGACGUACUUCCAGCAUCUAGAUAGACCUGUCAUAUAUCAUGCGUCACCGAAACAAAAGACUUCCUGAAAUUGAUGCAUGUCGCAUGGUAGGGUCCUUACAUUUACGUUGGCUUCAUCUUGCGCAAUUUACUUAACGGUGUAAUUAGUUGAUUGCUCUUCAGGACAUCGAUAUACACUUCUGACUACACAAUUUACAUUUUUCUUUUCCCUCUUCGGCAUAUGUUAAAGGAAACAGUUAGAUCGCAAGUUUCACUACAGUUUAUAGAUUCAUGACAGACAAAUGAUUGGGUACUGCCAGGUUAUGGUUAGUUUCAAAGUCAUUUUAAGGAUUUACAGGCCUUUUUCUACCCAAGAUCAUUACUCACAGCUGCACGCCUCCAUACAGGCUCCUGAUCAGAACUAUUCAAGAGAGCAGUUAUCGAAUUCUUCAGUAUGUUCAGCAACAUUUUCUAAGUAGUGGUUGUUGUCACAUCAAUGCCAAAACAUUUUCAUUUUUUAAAUCUCUAUACAGCAAUCUGUAAAUCAGAUAGUGUAAUGUUUGAAAAGAUCCCUUUUUAAAUAUAUUUCCCCCUAAAUUCUAUUGUUACUACAUUUUCCUCUUCAGCCAGUUAUUUAUUAUUAUUACAUUUUUUUCUUUUCGUGCUAUUUAGAUCCUCGAUCAAAAAAUGUUUUUUCCGAAAUGUAUUUAACGUUAAUUUAGUUCUUAUCUUAUCAAAUUCUAUGUUAUUAACACUUAUUGAUCUAUAAAUUUUUGCGCAUUGCUUUCAGCAGCGCAGUUUUAAGAGUACCAUAAAACCUGAAUGUUCCAGCGUUUCAAUGUAUUAUGUAAGCGGUUAAUUUUCGGUUAAGCAUUCGAGUGUUUGUAACAAAGCAUUAUCCUUGUCCAUAUUGUGUUUAUUCGACACACAGUACGUAUAUUUGCUAAUGUUACUAGAAUGGUUGUAUAUUGUCGUUUGCGUUAUUUUACUUGGUUCACUGCGUAAAACCACUAUUAUAUAAUUCAAUUUCCUUUUCCACUUGUCCAUUCCAUAAUGGUACCGUCCCUCUGUAUUUUGUAAAGAUGCAUUAUUUAUUUAAUCCCGUACAGUCCAUUGUUGUGAAUAUCCAAGCGUAAAGGAAAUAAUUUAAUUGGAUAAUAGAACUCGGGUAUCAUAACGUUGUGAUUUGUUAUUUUCAAUUUGUUUACAACUGAUAACGUCUAUUAAUCUAUGUUGGUCUUCAAGAGAGGAUCCAUUAAACAUAUGACUUGAAUUCAUGGGAGCCACUUCAGCUUGUACAAAGCAUUUUAGCAAACUGUUGACACACAUGUCACUGCCUUCAGUUUGGCUUGGUUGCAAUAGAAUGUUGUUGAAAUCUCGCUGCAUCUGAAGUGGGAACUUAAAGCAUACACGGAAUGUAAUAAUGUCUAUACUAUAAACAUUACUGUUUCUAUGUAUAUCCAUAAAAAUAAUGUUAUUACCACAAUUAUUAUUAUUAUUAGUAGUAGUAGUAGUAGUAGUAGUAGUAGUAGUAAUGGUAGUAGUAGUAGUUGUAUAUAUUGGUUUCUGCUUAUAGAAGUUGACUCCUAUGCUCACUAAGAGACCUAAAGGGACAAGUUUGAAGUUCCAGUUGGUAUUGAGUCGAGGGAGGUUAAUAAAUGCUAUGAUUUGGAAUUUUUACGAAGUUUUGUUCUAAAAAAUUAUUAUUGUUAUUAUUAUUAUUAUUAUUAUUAGAAAAGAAAAAUAGAAACGAUUAUUAUUAUUAUUAUCAUUAUUAUUGAAUGAUAGAGCAGUGCAUGCCAUCAAAGUGACACUGGGGUAAAAUAUACGAAGCCCACUAUAGCCAUCACGACCACCCGCUGGAUAAGGGUACACCAGGCACAUGCACCACAGCCAUAUGUGCGUGGCAAGGUGAUCUCAUAUCAAGAUAAACAGUGCAUGACCUUGCAGAUAGGGUCCAGUUAAAAUUUUCUUCAGGUCAAGUAGCCCAUCCCGUUCAAAUGGUCCUUAAAUAAGGGUUGUUUAAGGAUGGUGAACAAAUCACCUAUGUUUCCAAAAGUGAAUUAUUCAAACCCCAAAAGAAUUUCUCCCAACACAUGGCUAUGAUGCCCCUUCAUUUCUUUUGCACGUGAUCAGAGAUGCACAUAUUGUCAGCGACCAAGGGACACGCUCAACUGGUUAAUGUCCGUCGUUAUGUUCUGAGUUCAAAUGCCACCGAGGUCGUCUUUUCCUUCCAUCUAUUCGGGGUCGAUAAAUUAAGUUCUAAUGAAACACCAGUCCCCUCCCUCAAAAUUUCAGACCAUGUGUCUAUAGUAGAAAGGAUUACUCUGAUCAUCAUCAUCAUCAUUAUUAUUAUUAUUAUUAUUAUUAUUGUUGUUGUUGUUGUUGUUGCUGUUGUUGCCUUUGCACAGCUUCUAACGCUGGAGAUGUACUACAGUUUCAGCUGUUCACUAUGAUUCAGCAUAGUGUGUUUUCUUUCUCAAUUAAGACUAUCUCUGGCUUCCUAUUCUCUAUCUCAUUAUCAUUAUCAUUAUCAUUAUUAUUGCACCAGCAAAUGCAUUGUAGCAGUGAUUUUUAACACCCUCGAUUUUCAAGUUAGCCGGAGUAUGUUCUCCAUUCAUAUACAUUUUGAUAUUGACUUCGUGGUUCGAUAUUCUAUUCUACGACAUCUAUUACUGCGAAUAUUUAUUUCUAAUAGCGAAGCAUUGACCACUUGUAGUCCGAGCAAUUAUCUUCUCUUAAAUAUAGCUUCGAACAGCGUUUAUAUUGUCCACCUUGUCCUUGUCUCUUUGUCACUCGAUAAUUUUGCUGCUGUGUUCUUCAUUUAAUCACUGUGUUUCUUCAGGGGAAAUGGUUAUCGUUUGCAAGGAUAAUCAUCGCCAGAAAUGCUUCGGGGAUUAUUAUUUAUGAUUGCAUUCGACUCAGAAAUAAUUCGGCAUCCAAUAUAUUAUGUAAAAUGUUCAUUUUGAAGUAUCUCGUUAAAUUUUCAAUUUGAAGCUGUGACAACGACAUCGAACAGGCAGGAAGAUUUCCCUAUUGCGGCACCUUUUGUGUGUAUUGUGUGUUGUAUUUUGUCCUUUUUAUAUUGUCCUCCGUGUCUUGAGCAAUUAUGGUCAGUAAAAGAAAUUACCAUUAUUAUUAUUAUUAUUAUUAUUAUUAUUAUUAUUAUUAUUAUUAUGAUUUUGACUUUUGCUUUGUAUUUGUAAAAUUAACUCCAAGUCUAACCCAGAGACCUCAAGAGACAACAAAUUAGAAGUUCAUGUUGGUGUUAUGCCUAGGGUAUCAUAUAUUUGGUUUUGCCCCAAAUAUCUAUCUGUCCAUCUAUUUUUCUAUCUAUCUACCUAUCUCUCUCUCUAUCUAUCUAUCUAUCUAUCCAUUUCUCUAUCUAUUCAUCUAUUUCUGUGUGUGUGUUAUAUAUUAUAUAUUAUAUAUGUAUAUACAUACACAUAUACAUAUAUAUGUAUGAAUAUACGCAUGUACGUGUGUGUCUGUCUUUUUGUCUGUUUGUCCCACCUCCCCUGCAUGACAAUCGGUAUUACAUUGUUUCCGUCCCUGUAAAUCAGCAAUUCGGCAAAGGAAACCGAUAAAAUAAGUACAAGGCUUAAAAAAAAAAAGAACUGGAAUCGAUUUCUUCGACUGAAAAUUCUUAAAGACGGUGCUCCAGCGCAGACGCAGUGUAAUCACUACAACAAGUAAAAGAUACAUCCGGGAGCUAAUGAUACAUCUGGUAAAUGAACAGCAGGUAAGUAUCCUCUACACAAGUGUAAAAAUUAACGAAAUGAUAAACUAGAGCGUAUCAUCAGAUAUAGCAGAAACAACAACAAGCCACAGCAUAAGUAACAGCAACACAAUUUGGAAGCUAAUUCCACUGUUUACGAAACACAUUUGAUUGCAGUCGCAGAGACAUACACAGUGUAAGCAACUGAAAUCACAUUUUCCUAUCUUGUAGAAGCAGAUCAGGAUGACAGAGACUCUAAGGGAUAUCGAGUUACGUCAUAGGAUUGGCCCUUGCCAAGUAGUUGUAAUACUUUCAGACCGCUUUGGAAAACUGAGUUUGAGUGAAACUAGAAAAGGAUGAUGGUAACUAGCCAGAAAGAGGAAGUAAAACGAGACAAAAAAAUAAUAUUAAUUAAAAAAAAAAAGACAAGAAAAAGACAGUAGUUCCUCUGGAAGUGGUUGCCCACAUCGAAGUGUUUAGAAUUCAUGAACGCAUCUGUUGGAAGAGGGAUCCAGAGAAAGAUGCUGAAUGAGUCGAAAUAGAAUGCAAUUGAAAACAAAGCAGAUUUAGAAGUUUUGGAAAAUUAAUAGAAGACAAAAACGACAGAGUUGGUAAAAAAAACAAAAACAAAUAUAAUCACGUUCGCAUAUAAAGGCAGCAACACCAGACAUCACAGGUGUGUGAGUCUUCAAGCUUCAUAUCCCGUAGAUGCACAUAAACAUUAAACGUUCAAAGACAAAUCGGGAAGAAUGUAUUUGCAUCAAAGCAAACAGAAUUGUAAUGUGUCUAAAUCCUGCCGAAAUGAUGGCUUACACUCCAUUGUGGGUGGUUUGCUUUCAUUGUAAUUGGUUUUGUGAACUAAAAUUUUAACCAGACCUCAUAGGUUCUAUUUCGUUUCAGCCCAAUCCCAUUUGACAGAAAUGCAUCAAAACAGGUUUUGCAAACAUCUUUUUGUAUGAUAAUUUGCAUUGCAUGGUUUUGUUCUUUUCAAUAAUGAAGAAAUCUUUUUUAUCAUUUACGUUUUGUAAUCAUUUCUAUUGUAUACAGCAAAAUGUACCCUUGUGGCAAAUAAAAGAUUUGUUUUAUUAUUAUUA